AUGAGUUCUUCCGAUGCGGCAGAUGGACAGGCAGGACACAGCUUCGAACGCCGUGGCUCCAUCUAUCAGCAAGAUCUUCUGCGCCAUCACAUUAAAAAGAAUGCCUGGUCUGGUCCUCCUCUGGAAACUUUGUAUGGCGGUAUCGCGGUUGAUUUCUCAGAGGACUCGGCCUCGGUGAUCGCGAUCGCAAUUCGCGACACGACGUACCUGCUGGAUUUCUUGGAGUAUCCUUUUCUACCGGACCAGUCGCGAAAGCCCCCAUACUCUGCGAUUGAGAACUUUAUUAUUACCCAACUGCGCGACUAUAGUGACAAGCAACUGGAGAAGUUCGCGGGUGUGGCAAUGCCGGACAAGAUCGCUCACCGAUGUCCGAAUCUCUGUUCCCGGUUAUGGAGCGAACUGGAUAUAGUGCCAUUGGCUAUGCAUGAGAGAGAUCCAUUGGAGGCAUCUGGCUCGAAAGCCUUGGCUUCGUGGCGGGAAAAGAGCGUGGAUGAACUUGCGGAAUCUAUGGCCCGAAAAUGCAUCAGGUUUUUCGGGCCGAAUAAUAACCCUCUGUUGCAAGUUGGCAUCCAGGGCCUUGUCGAGGUCGAUUCCUCCUUUCAUAUCAGUCUAGCCGGUCUCCAUGACUAUCAGCGGACUGUUGGCCAGACAACUUGGGCUGCCGUGAACCAUUACGCAACCGAUAUUAAGAACAGAAAGAUCAGAAUCGCAUUCUUCAGUGCCACCCCUCAAGGUGGUGGGGUGGCACUCAUGAGACAUGCUCUCGUGAGGUGUUCUCGCGCGUUACAAACGGACGUCAGGUGGUAUGUCCCAAAACCACGACCUGGGGUAUUCCGUAUCACAAAAACGAACCACAAUAUUUUGCAAGGCGUGUCCAAGCCUGAGGAACGUUUCACGCCGGAGAAGCAGCGCUUCGUGACCGAUUGGAUCAAUGAUAAUGCUAAUCGGUAUUGGCUGUGCAAAGGCGGACCACUAACUCCGCCCUCGGAGGGAGGAGCACAUAUUGUUAUUGUUGACGAUCCCCAUAUGCCUGGGCUGAUCCCGCUGGCCAAGAAAGCUGCUCCGGACAGGCCUGUGAUCUUUCGAAGUCACAUACAGAUCCGCAGUGAUCUGAUAGCCACCGCCGGUACAUCUCAGGCGGAAGCGUGGGAGUGGUUCUGGGAACGCAUCAAGCUCGCGGACCUUUUCAUCAGUCAUCCUGUAGCAGCGUUCGUGCCGGCGAACGUGCCUCAGGAGAUGGUGGGCUAUAUGCCUGCGUCGACAGAUUGGUUGGAUGGGCUGAACAAGAAUAUGAGGGACUGGGAUGUGGCAUUCUAUGGGCGGCUAUUCAAUACAUCAUGCAGAAACAACGAAAUGCCUAUGAUUGCGCAUCCAGAUGAUGAAUACAUUGCUCAAAUUGCCCGAUUUGAUCCCUCCAAGGGCAUAUUCGACGUGUUGGAGUCAUAUGCAAAAUUCCACGAACGCUUGGGAGACACUGCACCUGACAUUAAACCACCAAAACUCUUGAUAUGCGGACAUAGCUCACUGGACGAUCCGGAUGGAAGCAGGAUAUAUGACGCGGUGCUCGAGUAUAUCAGAUCCAGGAUGUCGCAUCUUAUGGACUAUAUCUGUGUGAUGCGGCUCCCGCCCACAGACCAGAUCCUCAACAUUCUCCUCUCAAAGGCCAAGAUUGUGCUGCAGCUCUCCACCCGCGAGGGUUUCGAGGUCAAGGUGUCGGAGGCAAUCCAUAAGAGCAAGCCGGUGAUCGCCACCAUGGCCGGUGGCAUUCCUCUCCAAUUGCAAGACCGGAAAAAUGGAUUCUUGGUCGAAGUGGGCGAUACUGACGCGGUGGCCAAGCAUAUGUAUGACCUGUUUACCGAUAAUGAACUGUACAGCCGUAUGAGCCAUGAGGCGCUAUGCACGGUCAGCGACGAAGUCAGUACCGUGGGUAACACCAUGUGCUGGCUGUAUCUGGCCUCGAAGCUGACGAAUGGCCAGCCGAUCAAGCCCGAUGGGAGAUGGAUCAAUGACAUGGCUCGUGAAGAAGCCGGCCAACCGUACCAGCCGGGGGAGACCAGGCUGAAGAGGGCGCUUGACGUAAAAGACCUGAAGUAA